UGCCGUAGCAACCGACAGGGAAGCGGCGCGCGCGCGCCAUGGGCACCAUCCGGGUCUAUUACACCAGCGUCAGCGGCUCCCGGGAGGUGAAGCAGCGCCAGGCCGAGGUGCUGCGCAUCCUGGACGGGAACAGGCUGAAGUACGAGCUCAUCGACGUCUCGGUCAGCGACCGCCUGCUCCAGGAGAUGCGCGACAGGGCGGGAGACCCAGACGCCGUCCCGCCGCAGAUCUGCAACGGCGAGAACUACUGCGGAGACUUUGAGAUGUUAUAUGAAGCAACUGAAAAUGAAGAAGUUUCUAAGUUCUUAAAGAUGACAUCAAUAGACAAGACUGUUAGAGAGGAAAUUGUUAUCUGACAGCUGGUUCUGGAACCAGGUUGCUUCAAAUGCCAAAUUUACUAAUUAUACUUAUUCCUUUCUGGUUUCAUUAGUUAUUCAGGGUAAAUCUAAUAAUUUUUUAUUUAUUUUUAGUAUUACAGUAUAGCUGGGUCAAGUCCUUCAUGAUAGAGUGGACACAAGAAAGCUAGAGGCCUUUAGCACACUGUACAUCUUUCAUUCCAAAAGCGAGUUUACAAUGUUGUCCAUAUUUUUCAAAAAACCUCAAAUAAAAUAAUUCCUACUUGUAAUCUUUAGAUCUUUGUUAAUCUUUUAAUCCUAACACCACUAGGCCACCAAGAAUGAUCAGUGUACUGUCUAAACAGCUUUAUUUCCCGAGACAGUUAAAAGCAAGUAAUUAGUAUUUUAAUUACCCAUUAAUUUUUAAAAAGUGGAUUUCUUUUCUUCAGAUAGAACUUUCCUGUCCAUCCACAUAGGUUUUAUACAUAAAUCCUCCCCCACCCCAAUAGAAUAAAUUAUCAUAACAGAUGCAUUAUUGUCCUAGGAGCUACUUUUCUUGGAAACUUACUGUUCUCAAUGGGGUGCAUAGAGCUCUGUAUUUUAAUAAUGUUCAAGGCAGGCUUUUUUGGGGGGAGGACCAGAUCUUCCAUUUACAAGUCACUUUUAUGUGAAUGAACUCAGCUCCUAAAAAUAUGAAUUUUAAACAUCAGUAUAGGGUUUCCUUAAAUUGUUGCCACACUUAUGUAUUCCCUCUCAAAGUUAGGGAUGGCAAAACGCUUAACAUUUCAGCUAUGUGAGAAAAAAUAACCUGUAGUGAAAUUAAGCACAUAAUUAAGAAAAGACAUAAGGGAAAAAAAGAAGGAAAAAAAAAAUCAAAUACAUUUGUUUCAAUGACUUUUUGAGGAGUAACAUUAUAAAUUGAUAGGGGUCCCUGUAUGGGAAGGUACUACAUUCAUUUCAGAUACAAGGCCUCACAGAGUGAUACUGUCACUCCUUGAAAAAGUGCAAUGAUCCUUUCCCCCAGCACAGGACCAACACUGGUAACCACUGCAGACACCAGGAAGAAGCUUGGAGAUAGUAAUAUUACCCUCAUGCUAGUCUUGCAGAAUCUUCUCUCUGAGGGCAAGCAUUUUAGGUUUAUUAUUUGAGUAGGAUAGGUGAGCACAAGGGACAGGUUUCUUCUCAUGUCUGCCUUUACAACUACAACACAGAACUGGUGGACCCUGAAGUUCAAUAGUUAUGGUACUGAAUCUUUGCAGACAGCUUUUCCAGCAAGUGUCUUAUCUAGAUGUUGAGACUUUUACACAAUAAAAACAACCCCCUGUUCCCUGCCCACAACACCCUGCCCCCCUUCUCCCCAGUCAAUCAGAAAACAAUUUGUAUUCCUCAGGUUAAAUUAUAUUGAAGAUAAAGUAAGGCUACAAUUUUCAGAAGUUAUCAAGAAAAGAAACUGCAUUGCCCCAUAGACUUUAAUACAUAUUGCUAACUCGUAUCGAAACUAUAGUUUUAUUUCCAAAGUUUGAGAAUGCCAAUUGAGAACACAUGUUCUUAACUCAAGUCUUGGCCAUACACAAAAGUCCUUACCUCUAGCACACGGCUGAUUUUACUUCUAGUUGCACAAACUGGGAGCUGCAAACAUGACCCACAAACUUCCCUAAUUUCUAGCAAGAACUCUAUACCAAACAUGUAGUGAAUUUGCAACCCACCUAAUGUUUACUGUAUGUUAUACUUCAAUAUUAUGGUCUAUUUCCAAACACGUUACUCAAGAAUACAUGAAUAUUUAAUGAGACCAAGAUGCUUUAAAUAACAAAAAGUAAAAGUUUAAAAACAUGAAAAGAAAAAUAAGUAACAUUCCUUGUAUAUCAGUAGAAAAAGUUUAUUAUUACAGUGCGCACCACUGUAACUUGGAACAGCAAGUAAACAUUAAAUGCAAGCAUGCAAUUAUUACAGA